CUUCUCCUUCCAUCCCGUCUCCUGUCUCAUCCACGGGCCUGGUGUCAUCUGCGGGGAGAGGAAGAUGAAGCAUCGUGGGUGUGGACACGUCGGAAGAUUUUAGCGUGGCUGUGUGAUUCCUGGCUUUAUUACACCAUCUUGGGAAUAUUUCGGCUCAUCGAGGAACAAAGAAUGUCGUUGGCAGCGUCAUUUUACGGCUCAGAAGAUGAUCUCUGAUUUUAACAGUAAAUGGUUGGCUGAUUUUUGAUGGUGACGUCAUUAGAAAGUGAGUGAAUUAUGAAAAAUAAGAAGAUGGGUAUCCAUCAAAUGCCAGACAUGCCAAACAACCUGAGAAUGAAUAUUGACACCCGGGCUGUAUCUGUCAUGCGCACUGUCCUUUUCUGACCGACGUUGUAAAUACCAGGUGAAGAUGCUCCAAGGUUCUAGUGUAUUGGGGCAUGAGAGGCCUCUGGUCAUCAGGUUUUCCUUUGGCGCCUGUGUCCUGGCUACUGUGUGUCUGCCACUGCUGGGACUAAUAACUUGUGUCUUCAUAUCUUCUGUUUUUCAUUUUGAAGAUGCUACUGGUACACAUUGCCAGGUUCCUAAUUACCUGCCAUCUAUUAGUGCCUCAAUAAGCCUAAGCCCUGAGUGCCACAUAUGGCGAUUCUGCAUCGGAUUGCAUUCAGCCCCGCGGCUGCUGGUGGCCUUUACCUACUUCAGAUUUUACAAGACACGAUUUGCCACCAAGUUCCCAGAAAGUCCUCUCAGCUGCUUGAACCUGGCCUUUUCCAUUUCUGAGAACCUUGGCCUCUUGCUCCUCACUUACGUGUCAUCCAGUGAGACAUAUCUCGUGCACAGUGAAGGCUUUGUCCUGUUCAUCGUGAGUUCUCUAAUUCACAUGCUGAUAACCUGCCGUCUGUGGAAGUCUAUUAAGAAGUAUUCACUAUGUCCUGAGGAUGUCAAGUCUCAUCACUGGAAGGUGCGUUUCUCACUUCUCAACAUUUGCUUCUGUGCUUUUGCUGGAUAUUUUUUCUGGAAGCACAACAUUUACUGUGAAUCUGGAAGUUAUACAUUUUUUGCUCUAUUCGAGUAUUUAGUGGUCUUCUCCAACAUGGCCUUCCAUCUGACAGCCAUAUGGGAUUUUAAAAGUCGGGAGAUCGUGGUUAUUUCAUCCUCUGAGGAUAAAGCCUUCUGACUAGAAACUCAAGGCUUACGUACUGAAUGUGCAACCUCAAAUCCACCUGAUGAUCGCAACGAAGAUCCAACUCAAGAACUAGAGUGGGAUGAAGGCCUUUUCCACAUAUUUCCAUGAUGACAGCUUUUGUGUACUUGGAGAGCGUUGAUGUCAGUCAAGUAUGAACAGACAAAUUACUGUACACAUCCAUGUUCUAAGUAGAACUACAUUUUUCGUAUCAGUAUUUCAUUCAUGGAUGCCUUCACUUAUAUACAGUGCCCUAUAUGAUGUGGAAUUUCAACUUUUGUAAUUUGCAAUGCUUAUGGUUGCUCAUACAA